AUGGCUUCUUCGGUUUAUUGUAUGCUGUUCUUGUUUCUUCUUUCUGGGUUUCACUCCAUUGUUGGAGCUCAAGAUCUUCGAGCUCCCCACGGCCUUGCUUACGAGAGCCCUGCCGCAGACGGCGGCGCUGUUUCCCCUGAAGCGUACGCGUUUUUCAACCCCGCCGCCGCCUCGAAGAAUAGUACUGCUGCUGCGCAGUUCCCUAAUGCGGCGGCGUCUUCCCUGGAAUCGAAUCUGGCGCGUGAUAGCGUGGCCAAGACGGAGGGCGGCGGAGGCGGAGGUGGUGGGAUGGUCGGAAUUCUGAUCGGAUUUCUGUUUGUUGUGGUUUUAGUGCUUGGGGUUUUCUUUGUGGUCACCACUCGGAAGCGCAAUUGGACUAAAGCUAAUGCUACUGCGGAUAUGCCUCAAGCGUGA